GAGUGGAUUGAGGUGCGGAGCGAGAGAGACACAGAGAGAAGGAGCUAUCGAGAGUGACAACAGGAGUCGUGCCAUUUCCCAUCGCCGGUGUUUAAACUACCCGUCUCUUUCACGCCGGAAAGGAGGAGAAGGCUCGACGUUUCUCGAGUGAUCUUCCACAAGAGAGCCCGGGCCAACUUGUCCGUUGCAAAAGCAUUCGCACGACGACUUCUUCUCCCCAAAAUUGCCCCGUAUCCUUUCCGCUCGGUCGAUGUCGCGCGUCAUAGAGACACGGGCCUUUCGCAGGGCGUCGGCAGCGAGACGCCCCGCUCCCCCGGUGUCCCGCUCGGACCGGAUCCCACCGCCGCCGUCGGCCUCGGAGAUGCACGCCGAAGCGGCCAGGCUGCUGUCCUUCUCCGAGGGGUGGCCCGAGUCGUCCCCCGUGCGGUCCGCGGACUUGGCGCGGGCCGGACUCUACCGCGUGGGUCCCGACGACCUGGUGGCCUGUUUCCGCUGCGGCGGGAUGAUGCAUCGCUGGAAGGCGGGAGACGACCCCGUCCGGGAGCACGCCAGGCACUUCCCCGCCUGUGCUCUCAAGGCUCAACUACCGGGACAGACGCCGCAGAGUACAACUGCGGAGAUUGAGCACGCAUCGCCAUCGGUCGAGGAGCUUCUGGACAAGCUGGAAGAGCGGCUGUCCUGCAAAGUGUGCAUGGAGCACGAGGUGUCCAUCAUCUUCACGCCGUGCAGACACGUGGUGACGUGCGGCCACUGCGCCCUCUCCCUGAGCGAGUGUCCCGUGUGCCGCGUGGCCGUGAGAAGGGCGCUCCGGGCCAUCAUGGCUUAGGCGGACGGCCGUGGGAAGGAAGAGAGAGAAACGACCGCCCGGGAUUCCGACCGUUGGGGCCAGUUAGUUGAUUAACCCCUCCUCCCUCUCCCGUUGCGAGACAUAGGCCGGUCGCUGGCAAGCGGUGAGAGGCACGGGGAGGGCAAUUUAACUCGGCCACCGCCCUCCACCCAUAGAUCAGCUUAUUUUUUGGUUUCCGGAAUGUGAAAGGGUUCAUUGAUAACGAUCAGAGUGUGGUGAUUUGAAGGCGUACGAUGUCAGACUUUGAAAGUGAAGAAGUGAAGUUUAAGGCUGUUCUUUAAUUUGUACUUUAACCAGGAUGGUACGCAAAGUUUAUUUGUUAACAAUUUAUACAUUUGUGAGUUAUUACAUUUACAACUCUGUGGGACACAGUGCAAUGGGUGGAAGGGUCAAAGAUUGCGGUGAUUUUAAGGCGAAUAUACAUUUGUGAGUUAUUACAUGUACAACUCUGUGGGACACAAUGCAAUGGGUUUAAGGGUCAAAGAUUGCGGUGAUUUUAAGGCAAAUAUACAUUUGUGAGUUAUUACACUUACAACUCUGUGGGACACAAUGCAAUGGGUGGAAGGGUCAAAGAUUGCGGUGAUUUUAAGGCGAAUAUACAUUUGUGAGUUAUUACACUUACAACUCUGUGGGACACAAUGCAAUGGUGGCAUGGGAAAGCGUUAACACGAGUGCGGUGAUUUGAAGGCGUUUGAUGCCAGACUUGAAGUGAAGAAGUUAUGUUAAAGACUGUUCUGUAACCUUUAUUUGAAUUGGAAUGUUACGCAAAGUUUCCGUGUGUAAAACAAUUUUACAUUUGUGAGUUAUUACAUUUAUAAGUGCCGGUAGCCUUCACAGCUGCUGCUACUCGCUACACGGCGGUGGAUGGGUGAUUUUUGGGCUGUGUGUGGACCGCUUUGUGCUUUUGUUUCUAAAAAGUGGCGGGUUUUUUUCCCUCUCUGUCGCGUGAGAAAUAAUUUUAGGGGAUUCUAGAUUUGAAGCUUUCGUGACUGCAAGGAUUCAUACUCUUAUUUUUUUCGGUAAAGUCACUUAGGUAAAAAAUGACAUUUUAAUUAAUAAAAAUAAAAGAAUAAAAAUCCCGACGUUUCGGAGGCAACACAAGCUUCUGACUUCAGGUGAAACUGUCAGCAAAAUAUAUAUGAGAACAUAGUAACAUUGUGUGUCUGUGUGUCUCUCUCUGUGUGUCUGUGUUGUGUCUCUCUCUGUGUCUGUGUUGUGUGUCUAUCUGCUUGUGUGUCUGUGUGUU